AUGGCCCCAGGGCUCAGUGCUUCUCCAGCAGUUGUGGUCCUGCUCCUGUCCCUCCUGGGCCUGGCUACUGCUGGGAAGCUCCUGGUGGUGCCAGUGGACGGGAGCCACUGGCUCAGCAUGCGGGAGGUGGUGGAAAUGCUCCAGCAGAAGGGACAUGAGGUGGUCGUGGUGGCACCUGAAGUGACUUGGUACAUCAAGCCAUCAAAGAACUUUGUGAUGAAAAGGGUCUCGGGCCCCUACACACAGGAAGAGUUCGAGAAUGAUUUCAAGAUGUUUGUAGAUACUUUUUUUGAAGAAGCACCUUUUUAUGAAAGAUUUCUUAAAAUGUAUGAAAUUAUGAAACAAUUCGGUAAUAAGUCAGUUCUUUGGUGUGAACAGCUCCUGCAAAACAAAGACCUCAUCAGGUACCUUGAGGAGAGCAAGUUUGAUGCCCUUCUUACUGACCCUGUAGUACCCUGUGGGGCAAUCCUGGCAGAGCAUCUUUCACUUCCUUCUGUGUAUUUCUUACGAGGAAUACCAUGCGGUUUAGAUUUUGAAGCCACUCAAUGUCCCUAUCCUCCUUCCUAUGUGCCCAGGGCAUUUUCUCAACUUACAGACCGCAUGACCUUUCUGCAGCGGGUGAAAAAUCUACUCUUUGACACCCAAAACCUUUUUCUCUGUGAUUUUGCCUUUGACCCAUUCUCAAAACUGGCUUCUGAGUUCCUCCAGAGGGAGGUAACGGUGCAAGACCUCUUACGGAAGGCCUCUGUUUGGCUCCUGAGGUUGGAAUUUGUGCUCGACUACCCAAGACCCUUGAUGCCAAACAUCAUUCCAAUUGGAGGAGUAAACUGUGCACAUAAGGAGCUGCCUGAGAACUUAGAUGUGUCUUAG